AUGUUACCGAUUCUCGUGACUCUGAUCGAGAUCAAGGACGGGUUCGAGCUGAAAAAAAAGGGAAGAGAUGAGCUUAAGGUGCUGAAGAAAUCGCUCCAGAUUCUAAAACGCAUGGCGACAACAACAGGCUACCAAGGGAAGCUCUUGCGAGAAGACAUUGCAAAGGUGGUGUUCACGAUCAGGCACCUAAGAAACAUCCUCGAGCACGCACAAAACCAUCCAGUUCUACAAGAACUCGCUCUCGACAUCCUCACGAACCUGGCUCUGGACGACUGCGCGAGAGAAAACAUCGGCAGCACGGGUGGGAUCAUCCGGAACAUCCUCCAGAUCUUUCUACAAGGCACGGAACAAGCGACUGCAAACAGCAAGCUACGUUUGUGCCAGAAAGCUGGCGAAGCACUCAACGUCUUGGCGCUGAGAAGCCCGGGAAACUGUCGGAGAAUGUGUAGAGGCGACGAGAAAACUCUGGACCAGAUAAUCGCCAAGCUCGCGGACAAUCCAAAGCUCGCGACUCGCGCGGCGAAGAUCCUUCGCAACCUCUGUGCGUUUUUGAGCCAGGAGGAAGCGCGUAGAGUGGCGACCUCCACGCCAAAACUUCUAGAGUUUAUCCUUGUCGCGGAAGGAAAAGAGCUAGAAGCGGCUCUAGGACUAGCAGCAGCCACAGUUCCACACUCAAACAAAUCCUCUCUAGACAAACACAUCGACUCGAGAGCUCUAGCGCACAAAAUCGCGGGGAUUCUACGCCGACCACCGCCCUCCCACAAGCUCUUGCGGCUCAGGCGCUACGCUGUGGAGCUGCUCACGGUUCUCGCCAAAAGCAGCGAGAGAUUCAAGCGAGAGAUCCAAGAAGCGGGCAUUGCAAUGCAUCUAAGACAAAUGCUGGACACGAUCUCGGACGUGGAGAAUUUCUACACCUUCUCGGGGGAAUUCGGACUCACCAGGCAUGUCAAGACGAUGGAAUGUCUUCUCGCGCUCGCGCAGCGGGCGCUCGAAGAACCCUAA